AUGUCGGCAGGUGGUGUUGGAGCCCGAGAGUCCCCACUUCGAGCAAGCACCCACAUGGUGCAGGUGUUGCUGGGGCCGCUGGCCCGCGGACCGCGCUUGGAGCACUUCAAGCAGGAUCCCGGCUCCGUCGGAGGCUCGUCGACCUGCCAGCUUCCCCUUGUCUCCUACCCUGCACCCAGUCAAAAGAUUAUCCCCAAACUUGAUGGCUUACAGCAGUGGGCAGCUGAGGUAGCAUUUUUAGAAUUUUGUGCAGGGACGGAAACCGGUUGGAGCUUGAGAGUUCCUGUCGUUGCAGAUCCUUCGGUCACUUUGUCCGCCGGCACGGGUGUUUCUCUUUCUUCGUAUGAUGAUCAGGGAUCUAGGCGUAUCCGAAAGGCUAGGGAGGCACCGUUUGUUCCCAGCGGAAUGGCAGGCUUUGCAGCGCUUGUUGCGUAUGGACCAUAUCAAUUGAAGAGCAGGGGAGGUACUAGCGUGCGCGUGGCAGCCCAAGGCUUUGUCGUGGGAGCAAUGACUCUGGGUACGGGCUAUUCCAUGUGUAAGGAAUUCUGGGCAAAACCUAAACCUUGGAAAAAGAGAAGCUGCCAUGGGGCGCCUGGACUGGUCGAGUACUUCAGUUUCUAG